AAGAAGAGAGUUUAGAGCCUUUUCCUUCUCUGUGUAGGAACAAGUCUGUAAAUACAAUUGGAUCUAGAUCUAGAGGAAUAGAAAUACAUCAAUGCAGAUUGGUUGACCUACAGCCUCUGGCUCUUGUUGACUGCUGGCGAUUGAAAGCUGCUUACAACAAACGGCUGUAUAAUCAAAGUUCAACUUUAGCUGUUGAUGUGAGAUCCUUCAGCAACUCAGACUACUCUAACAGUAUGGCAGACAAGGAGGAGAACAGAUUUUCUCUCAACCUCUCCAGAUUGUCCAGCGGUUCUCAAAUAAGUGGAAGCACCAGGGAAACUACCACGGAAAAAAGUAAAGUUGUAAGCCAAAUGGCUGAAGAUGACCUGACUUUCCCGCUUCUUGCCCUUUCGGACGUCGCCAAGGCAAGGCGCAGAUAUAUGAAAGUGUACCCUAACAAAGUGUACACUCCAUGGUAUAGAAGGUAUGUGAACUGUCUUCCCGAUGGCCAGAGAAUAGACUUCCAGCCUGGAGUUGAGAUUCGCAAAGUUGAUGAAGACAUAGCACUGCAGUAUUUCUACGGAGAGGACACCCCGUACAUUGACGAACCAACGACCAAAGAAUCCAACGAAAGACGCGCUCAGACGCUACGGAGAUACACGAAGCUUAUGGAGAUGAGAGAGCGAACACAAUCCGCCAAGUCAGAAACGAAGCAACUGGAUUUUAAUGUUAGUUUGCAAAGCAUAAUUGCAGCCAACAAGUCCAAACAGCCAGACUUGCAGGAAGACUUUGGACCGACAGUAACACAGCGAGCCAAGAUUGUUCCCAUUAUCAACUUCAUGGACAAACUAAAGACUCUAAAAAUGAGGCAGAUUCGAACUGUGCCAAAAUUACAGCCCAACUCAAAAUGGAAACUCUUCCAGUUGCCCCUCAUGCGGCUGAAGCUGAGGCAAUAUAUUAAAUCAACCAAACAAGCUGCGAUCAGGUUCCGGUUUCGUCGAUUCAUUCAACUUGUGCGGUGUGUGUACCGUUUUAUUCACAUUAUUUCUGUGAUUUCUGGAGAUACAAAGCUCAUCAUAAAGAACGUGGCCAACUUUGUGGAAGAGCAACAUAAAAACACAACUCUCAAAGUUGGGGUCGCCCAAGGGAAGACGAAACAAAUUUUUGACGCCAGCAAAUACAAGCUCUCCAAACGUCUACAAUUUAGUAUGGCUGUCAAACUAAUCCUGACAAAACCAUGGUUUGAAAGAUCUGAAGACGAAAUCAACGAGGUGAUUCGCACUUUGCAAGUGUUGCGAAGCUUUGUAGAGUAUCCUUCCUCGUCACAGAGGCGCCUCGCUCGGGUGGCCUGGUUGAUAGAAGUGCCAUCAGAUAAAGUGAUCAUCAGAGAAUGCCACAUGGCCCAAGACUUUUACAUACUACUAAGAGGAAAAGCUAAAAUGACCAAACUGAGUGGAAGCGCUGUGAUUGGUGAACCUGGGGCACAGAGAGUCAUCAAAUGGUUGAAAAAGGACAUGGUUUUUGGACAAGAAAGCAUGUUUGAGCCGAGGUCAGAGAGGAAGUACACAGUCAUCAGCACUGACCACUGUGACAUGCUGGCAAUCAACAUCUACGACUACCUGGCCAUGCUUAUGACCACCAAAGACGACGAAGAAGCUCCAGAGCACAUCGCUUUUAUCUGCACAUUGGAUUUGCUCAAAGAUUUCCCGAAAACAAAACUACUAGAAGAAGGUGGGGAGAACAUAACACUCUAUUUCUUCAAUGCCGGUGAUUUGAUUACAGCCAGUAUAGAAAAAGCAGCUUACAUCUACGUUGUCAAAUUUGGAACUGCCAGAGUCAUCGCGGAGAAGCCUCCACCCUUAAAAGAAAUUUUGAAAUACGAACAAAUCCAGAAAUUAAAAGAAAGGGAGCACAAGAAAUCCCUGUCUCUAGAUCAACCUGUGGUCGGACUGCUUCCAUCAGAUUUGGUCUUGUCCUUUGAUUUUGAUUCCGCUCAAGAACUGGAGAAGAAGAUGGAAGAGAAAAGUAGGUCCACCAUUUUUACUGACCCAUGGGUGAAGAGGAAAUUAGAAGAACAGAAUGAAAAAAUGGCGGAGGCCACAAUGCAAAGGCAGAAAGCCAUAAUUGAGGAGUCCAAGGAACUUAUGAUCAAGUCUUCCAGAGUCAGUAGGGUCUUUUCGGAUUUUAACACUGGAACCAACCCCUACAGGCGCCAUACAAUUGCAUUAGACGAUUCUGUUAAAGAAACUGAUUCUGAGACCACUGCUUCAUCGGUGAAGUCUGCCAUGUCUGAUACACGAGGUUCUUUCUCUCAUUUGCUGCCUUUCAGGAGAACUGAAUCAAGAUGUUCUUCUACUAAUAUGUCUGAUAUAAAUCAACUGUUUUUACCAAAUAUCCACGACGAGAAGAGAAAUUCUAAUACCCCUUCAAAGCACAGUGUAAUUUUUAAAGAUGAUUACAUGUCUUUUCAACCAUAUAAGGUGACCAGAGUACCAAGCCAAGGUAACAGACCAGAAGGAGGCCCGCCUAGUGCUAUUGAGAGCAGGUUAGGUUCAGUAGAAUCUCUGAAUAUUUUGAUGAAAAACAUUAACCAGUUCUCCAAAUGGAAACACAUCCGAAGACUUGUAAAGGGAGAUUAUGUGGGCCAUGAAUGGCUGGAUUUUAACAACGGAGUCUUUGAACCACCCGCAGAGGACUGGUCAUUGGUCAGUGAAGGCUGUGAGCUCAUUAUGAUCAAGAAAGAGUUUUUGAUGGAGUAUCUGAGAAAAGAAUGGUGACAUUUCCAGCACGACGCGACGACAGAUUUUUGUUUAUUUGCUUCUCUCACUGUCUGCUAAAGUCACGUUUUUGAUCAUCAUUUCAUGGGACUGUAUUCAAUGAAUUAGAACAAUAGCCAGUUUGUAAUCUAACUUUACGAUGGCUGCCAGUUAGACUACUUAAAUAUCAAAUUAGUUUACUUAAUUGUGAUAGUCCAACUUGGCAAGUUACAGUUAAAUAGGAGGAAAUAUUUUGUAAAUCAUACUAAGGAACAAACUUUUGUUUAUCAAAUUAAGACCCUAUGUUAUUUUUUUUUUCAGCUUCAAAAAAUGGAAAAGUCAAUGUGUAUUUCAUAAUAUAAAAAGUGCAACAACUGUGACUAUAAAUAAAUGGACUAUACAAGGUACACGACUUUAGUAAUCAAAUGCACUUUGGUCAUGAACUAAAUAUGAUGGAGUUUUGAUAUUUCAUUUACAUAGAAACAUGGAGACUAAACUUUUGAUACUUGUAUACACGGUAUUUAUAUAUUCAACCUAAUAAACAUUUUACAAAAAAACAA